CUGCUGUCGCCGGGAGGGGGGCUCCGGUGCCCACGUUGCAGCCCUGUCACCCUGUGUGGAAGUACAGGGCCAUCUGGGGAAGAACCUGGAGCGGGACCCGGAGCCUGUUCGAGAUCCUCAGGCCCCGGUCGGUGGCAGCGUAGAUGGCUCGACUCCCCGCCGGCAUCCGCUUCAUCGCCUCCUUCUCCAGGGACCAGUGGUACAGAGCCUUCAUUUUCACCUUGACGUUUGUGCUGUACGCCAGCUUCCACUUAUCUCGCAAGCCCAUCAGCAUCGUGAAGGGCGAGCUGCACAGGUACUGUGCCGCCUGGGAUGCGGCCGACGGCAGAUCCAGCGGCGAGAGCAAAGCGGGGUACAGCCCCCCUCACCAGCCCCCAGACAACCAGACUGACUGUGGCUGGGCACCGUUCGAUAAGAGCAACUACCAGCAGCUGCUUGGGGCCCUGGACUACUCCUUCCUGUGCGCCUACGCCGUGGGCAUGUACCUGAGCGGCAUCAUCGGAGAGCGCCUGCCGAUUAGGUAUUACCUGACUUUUGGCAUGUUUGCCAGCGGCGCCUGCACCGCCCUGUUUGGCUUGGGCUAUUUCUACGACGUGCACAGCCUGGGGUUCUACGUGGUAACCCAGGUCGUCAACGGGCUGGUGCAGACCACCGGCUGGCCCAGCGUCGUCACGUGCCUCGGCAACUGGUUUGGAAAAGGAAGGCGAGGCCUGAUCAUGGGCGUCUGGAACUCCCACACGUCCGUGGGCAACAUCCUGGGGUCCUUGAUCGCCGGCUACUGGGUGUCCACCUGCUGGGGCCUGUCCUUCGUCGUGCCAGGGGCCAUCGUGGCGGCCAUGGGGAUAGUGUGCUUUCUCUUCCUCAUCGAACAUCCCAAGGACAUCCGGUGCUCCUCGGCCCUCCCGGCGCAUUCCAAAGGCGUUGAGAACGGCACAAACAGGUUCAGGCUCCAGAAGCAAACCGUAAACCACGGGAACAGGCCCCUGGACCCGGAGAUGCAGUGCCUGCUGCUGUCAGAUGGCAAGAGCUCCGCGCAUGCCAGCCACAUGGUCGUCCUCCCUGGGGACAGCGGGAGCGGCGUGGCCGCCAUCAGCUUCCUGGGGGCCCUGAGGAUUCCGGGCGUGAUCGAGUUCUCUCUGUGUCUGCUGUUCGCCAAGCUGGUCAGCUACACCUUCCUCUUCUGGCUGCCGCUGUACAUCACCAGUGUGGAUCACCUGGAUGCCAAGAGAGCCGGCGAGCUGUCCACCCUGUUUGAUGUGGGUGGGAUCUUCGGUGGGAUCCUGGCGGGCGUGAUCUCGGACCGCCUGGAGAAGAGGGCCUCCACCUGCGGCCUCAUGCUGCUGCUAGCCGCGCCCACGCUGUAUGUGUUCUCCACCGUCAGCAGGAUGGGUCUGGAAGCCACUGUGGCCAUGCUGCUGCUCAGCGGAGCCCUGGUCAGCGGGCCCUACGCGCUCAUCACCACCGCCGUCUCUGCCGACCUGGGGACUCACAAGAGCCUGAGGGGGAACUCGCACGCCCUGUCCACCGUGACUGCCAUCAUCGACGGGACCGGCUCUGUAGGAGCGGCGCUGGGCCCUCUGCUGGCCGGGCUCCUCUCCCCGUCCGGAUGGAGCAACGUGUUCUACAUGCUCAUGCUGGCCGACGCCUGUGCCUUACUGUUCCUGACCCGUCUCAUCCACAAGGAGUUGAGCUGUCCCGGGCCAGUGGCGAGUGACCAGGCUCCACUGAAGGAGCACUGACCACCGAGCGGCCCCAAGGACAAGUUCAAGUGCAGGGUCCCGUGUUGGGGAGGACGUUUGCCGUUGCCUUUUGCACACGCACCCAGAAGACGUGCAGAAGCGACUUAAGAAUUCCUGGUACUGUUCACACGACUUGUGGGGCCUGGGGAGCCGCUGCUGUCCGGCUGCCUUAACUGAGCCCGAGGGCGGGUGGCCCAGCCAGCCCUGGGCCCACCCGGGUCCGUGACCGCCCCGUCCCCGUCAGGCUUCCGCACAGGGCGUCAGGAGCCGGGAACCUGCAAGAGCAGGACCUGCAGCGCGGGAGGAGCUGUGGGGACCCGGUGCUGGCGGCUGGGAGAAGAGAAGUGGGGACAGAACGCGGCCCCACUGCCCGCCCGAGGGGUCUCCACCUCCCGCCCGCCUGCCCUGAAGCAGCAGGCCUGGCCAGCUCUGAGCCACGGGCGCGUGCUGUCGCCCAGGGUCACCGCGUGGCUGGUCCACGUGGGCUCCGGGGCGGGGCUGUGGGAGGCCACAGGGGGUUGUGUGAGUUUCCCCUGUGUUGCGGGGCCUCUGAGCUCCAAAUGGCUUUGGGUUAUUUAUUUGGACGCAGGCCUCCCCUGGCCGUUUGCUUCCUCGGUUCUCUCGCUAAGUGCU